UCUCCAUCACACUAAUGCAACAUCACACUUCGAGUUUAUAUAUCCGCAAGGAGAUCUGAUCAGACAAACGUAGCCUACUUGCAGGAAGGUCGCGUGCUGCAGGUGAGGGUGCCACCAGCGACCCGGUCGCACAACUUUGACAGGCGAGUAUGGGGCAUCCUGGUCGUUAUGCGACUUCCUUUGCAAUCAACACAACACGGCUACUUUGGACGAACAAGGCAGUGACAUCCGCCUUGCUUCGAAUCGAAUCAAAACAGGCAUCAUGAAGGAUAUAAAGAGGUGGGUGAGGUGUGCAGUGGAAGCAGCCAACGCACUUUAGCUUCUACCAUCGUAGACUGUACCAAGACCAACAACGAGAAAGUUUGCACCCUCCUCCUUUUUCCACUCGAAGAAAUCCUCCAUCAUGUACACUUACACCAUCCUCUCAAUGCUGCUCGCCGGCAAUGCUCUAGCAGCGCCGAAUCCUAUCCUCAUAUCAUCUCCACCUCACUUCCGUCACAUCGAACAGCUAUUACCAGUGAAGAGGGACACACCCUUCUCAUCGGCGGCAUAUGGCGUAUUACCUCUAGCCAAUACUGUCACUACUACCCUCACUAUCUUCUCCACUGUCACUGUCCCCACGGCUACUACUACAUCUACUGUCACAAUAUCCUCCUCCGCCCUAGCCAUCCCAACGAUUACCGACCUCCCGGAGCCGGAACCGGUGGAGGAAUCGGCUGGUGUGUAUAUAUGCGAGGACUACAACUGGGGCGGCAAAUGCGAAUACAAACUCUCCCCACUUGGUAGCUCAGACGAGGACUGCACAAUACUUGAUGGCACGGCAUCAUCAAUUGGCCCGGAUGUUGGCUUCCAGUGCCUUUUUUUCACCAACGGUUACUGCCGCUCCCUAGCCAACGAUGGCUUGGAUACACUCAUCCUUACUUACCCCGGGAACUCGAACUUGCUCGUCACAGAGAAGGGCGAUUUCAACGAUAAGUUCCACAGCUACCUAUGUUUCAAACUCGAAGCUCCAUAGCUUCUACCAGGAAGGUCGGUUCCUCCUGGAACAGCUGAGCGUUUGGAAGGGGAAGGGGUAAAGGGUAAAGAUGUACUGUCAUGGAUCGUUCAUAAUAUUUAUUCGUCUACAUAGAAGCGUAAUGAUACAUAGUUGUCUUAAUCAAGUGAUUUCAUCGAAAUUCACC